AUGGACAUUUCCUCGGUCGAAAAAGCAUUACUCGCAGGUUCUUGCCCAUCUGAGGGCUCCACUUCGCUGCCAGAUCCUGUGCUGAAAUUGGCCCGCGAUGUUGGUGAUGCAAGAUUUCGAGACGCUCUGCUUUCCCCCUUGGCUCGGGAUUUGUUACAACUACGCACCGUGAACGCAAACGAUCCCUCUGUUUCAUGGUUCCAAUUUGUAGAAAGAGUUGACGACGACGUCGAUGAAAUGGGAGAGUUGGUACGCCUCCUCGUGGCCAUAGCACUUCUGCAUGCCUUCAUCCAGGCCAACUGGACUGGUCCUGAUCUAGACGUCAGACCGAUAGAAAUAAUUCAGGGAGAAGCCGUCGGUCUCACGGACGAAAUACUUCACAUCAAGGCGACUUCCGAGCUCGCGUACGGUGGCGAGCCCGCUUACCAUCUUACGAAGCAUCCGUUCCUUCUGCGCCUCGCUCAGCUACUUUUGGAAUCACCCUAUCAUCACUGUAAAUCAAUACCUUGGUGGAGGCUACGGGCCACGACGGUCCAUCAGCACGUUCUAGAUGAAACGGUCGCUCCGCCUCCUAGUGUGCUUGCUUCGAUAGAGACCCAGACGGAGUCGAUUUCCUCCGAUCCUGAGCUGACGGGAAGGCUUCACCUAGAGGCCGGCCUGUUGGAACACACACUCUCUCAGGACAGGGCCGCAUCGGACUAUUUCCUGCGGGCCAUCAAAGCGACAGGCCUGCAGUAUGAGCUUACUGGAGCUCUAGGCAAGAGGACGAAGUUUCAGCAAAAUGACCUUAGUCAACUCGUGCUGCUCGCCGAAAGUCAACUUUCGGUGGCAAGUACUUCCGAAACGAGCGCCACGGAGAUCAGCGGACCCUCUUCUUUGCCAGAAACUCUUGCGCUUAACGACGACACGCUACUGGAACAGACUCAAUUCACGACAUCAGAUCCCAACGCUGAGAAAGGUCGGCUUGGCCAUCUCGAUCCAUCGUCUCAACCACCUCUGCAUCCCCUCGAUCAAUGUAUCUUGUUGUCACUCUGCUUGAAUGUCCAAAACACCUCCCCUGCUCAUGGUCUGACCGCCGAACAAAUGACACCGUAUGUAGCGCGAGUUAUCUCCCAUCCGCGCAAUUGGUCCGUACACACCAUGGCGUUGCUCCUUCGGUCGAGGCUCGAAUCGUCGCGCACGAGGACCGUCGAACGAGCAACACUCCAGCUACAGGCAUUGAUUGAUCAGAUGCCAACCGCAGACUCUUCCGUUCCAGAGCGUCUGCGCUAUUUCCACGACAUACCCCUCCCGAGCAAAUGGGAGCUCGAACGCGAGCUUGCUUUGCAGUUCCUGAAGCUAGGGGUCGUCAAAUCCGCUCUCGAGAUAUUUGAGCGACUAGAGAUGUGGGAAGAAGUGGUAAAGUGUUGGGGCUCCUUGGAUAAACCUGAAAAGGCGAAGGCCAUCGUCAGGGAUCUGCUCGAGGGAAAGAAGGAUGAAGCCGAGAAUGUCAUUAUCCACGGGAAGGAUCUGUCCAAGGAUCGAAGGGUGUACCUGGAUGCAGCGCGGGAGGCGAAGCUGUGGUGUCUGCUUGGGGAUCUCGAGCCGGAGAAUGCAGUCGAACACUACAAUCGUGCAUGGGAUGUUUCCAAGCAGACCUCUGGCCGAGCCAUGCGGUCACUUGGAGGGUACUACUUCGCCCGGGUGGAAUAUGACAAGGCCAUAGAUUGUCUGAAGCGAGCGGUGACAAUCAACCCACUCCUCUCCCGAUCUUGGUUCAUCCUCGGUUGCGCAUGUGUUCGAGUGGAAAGGUGGGAGGACGCCAAGGACGCUUUUAGUCGCUGCGUGGCAAUCGACGACGAAGAUGGCGAAAGUUGGAACAAUCUCGCAUCUGUAUAUCUUCGGAUGGGAACUCCCAAACCACGAGUUACUGGUACCAGGCAAGAUCAAGCUACGGAGGGGACAGGGACUGAUGAGAUGGCGCUAACAUAUGAUGGGGAGAGCAGUAAAUCCAUCCCGUUCGCCAACAAAAUGCUGGCGUUUCGCGCGCUGAAGCAGGGCCUCAAAUACAGCUACAACAACUGGCGUAUGUGGUCGAAUUAUAUGAUCGUCGCGAUGGAUGUUGGGGAGCUCUCUGAAGCAUGUCGUGCUUUGGGUCGCAUUGUCGAGGAGACAAGCGACAAGGUUGGCGAUAAAGCUGUGGACGAAGACGUGCUUGAGAGGUUGGUGGAUGCUGUCACGCGAGCCCCGGCGAGCCUUGGAGACAACGAGAAUGGAGAUGCCUCCACGCAUAACCCCAACGAAGGACAUGGUUUACUUCGUAACGUUACCAUCUUGCUGGAGAAGACGAUAUUGCCUCGGGUCUCAUCUCCCCGUAUAUUUCGGGCAUAUGCUCGGCUACUGACAUGGCAGUCACGGUGGGAGGAUGCCUUGAAGGCGUCCCUAGAUGCAUAUCGAGUUGGAACGGCAGGGACCAUGAGAAGGGGUGAAACGGAUCCAGCGAAGUGGCGUGAAGCGGUGGUGGAGGUGGAAGAAAUCGUUGAUGUCUUGAGAAAUUUCGGACCUCGGGUGUCAGGGAAUUGGCGGUUGCAAGCGCAUAGCAUUGUGCGGACGUUUGCUGGCCGGACGAAGGAAAGCUUUGAAGAUGAACCAGAGUGGCCUAGGCUCGAAGAACUUCGAGAAGAACUGAAGAACGAGUGA